UGCGGAUGUAACGGAUGUAACGGCUAGAGGUUGACAAACCCUUGGUCAGGAAAAUAAAGUAGAUGAUCGAUAUGCCGACGUGCCUGAGCCUUAGCUGACGCAUCCGCACAAUUUAUACAGAGGACCGUCCUUAAGUGUGUUUUCUCGGGAUCAGUUGGCUAAUGGGGGCCCUGGGGAAUGGCCGUCGCGGAGGACGCACACCUUCUCUGCUCUUCGCAGCACUCAUCGCCUGCGUACUGCUGCUCGGCUUCAACUACUGGGUCUCCAACUCGAGAAAUGUGGAGCUACAGGCCAAGCUGCUGGAGCUGGAGGAGCGUGUCCGGCAGGUGUCAGCCGAGCGGGAGCGGGAGCAGCUGAGCCGGAGCGACGCAGAGGAGCAGGUGCACCGGCAGACAGAGCAGCUCGCCCUGCAGGAGGACAGAAACCAGAAACAGCAGCAGAGCGCCCAGAACACAUGGAAGCUGGAGAAGGGCAAGCUGCUGCUCAACAUUUCCUCUAGUGCAAAAACCGUUCAGGAAAUGAAAAACCAGAUGAAGACUUUGUUGGAAGACCUCAGUAAAGUGCAGAAGGAGCUGCAGUCGUGUCAGAGCAACAUGAACACACUGAAUAAGAAGCUUACUUAUGACAUGACACAAUGCAACACCCAAAUCUUGGCCAUGAAGGAAGAGUGUAAUGAAAAGGUAGUCAAACAAGGGGUGCAGAAGAAGAAUCUGUCGCCUGGAGGCGAGAAGCAGUCAUCUGCAGCGGCUGGGGAUGCUGCGGUCUCCGCUCCGAAAGAUACCACUCCGAAGCUGUCCUCUGAAGGCCUGAAAAGAAAUGACACUGCUAAAAGUGUUGGUGAGCUCCAGCAUGCACAAGCACCCAACAAGGACCGCCUCAAAGCCAGUGAGAUACUGCAGGAAAAUGAUGACACGGCUGUAAAAGACUCUGACAGGUCCGAGUUGCCUGCCACUUCCAAGCCAUCCAAUCAGAACAGGACCCUGAAUGAUGUAGCCAAUGAGGAGGAUAUUGAAGAAGUAAUGGACAUCAAAGGGGAAGACCUGAAACCUGCAGGUGCUCUGCUAGACGCUGCAGUAAACGGGGAGGGGAAAGAAGAUGAGGCUAUAGAAUACGACAAUGAGGGCGAGAUUGAGAAGCGGCUGUCCAAGCUCAAAGAUGAGAAAGCAGCACAGGAGUUCGAGGAGGAGCUGGCCGACUACAACGGCGACGACGACAAUGAGCCCGAGUUUGAAGCUGACAAACAAGUAGAACUCGCCGAGAUGUAAUCAUGUGCAUACACACACACACACACACACACAUGCAGUCACACGCAUGUGCCUGGUAACAGAAUUUACACUGCAUUUAUCUGCAAACCAGAGUGACAGCUCCACCCUCAAAUAAUCAAACCGACCAUUACUUGCUGAGAUGAGCACACAGUAGGUUACAACUUGAUGUUCCUUUCAACAUAUACUUAGGAACUAAUGGCCAUUUGCACACAGCACAAGGUUUACAUCAUACAAAAAUUCACCAUACUGAUUAUUGCUACAUUACCAUUGUUUCUUUUUACUGGUUUUAGCCUCUUAAAGUGCAGCUUUUUUGCUUAUUGGAGAGAGGAGCCUGAACUGAGUGUAUAUACAACAUAUUGAAUUCCUCCUUUAAAUCACACAGAAAUAUGGACCCACUACACUAACAUCUGCAAAUUAACACCUCAGUGUAUCAGUUCAGUUGUGAAUUGCUUGUUGGAAAGAGAAAGCCAAACAAAAGUCCAUAUUUAGACCAACCAAAACUUUAUGCUCGAGUUCAAGUGCAAUCACAGUGCAGUUGCCUUGUCAUAACCUUAAUUAAGCUAGAUUUUGUACAUUUCACAAAGCUAAAUAAGUCAAUUGUAUGGAAAGACUGUUCCAUUAUGAAUCACAUCUUCCAGUGGAAAUUUACUGUAACUAAGCUAUUGCGGUUUCUUACAUUUUGUUGUAAAAAAAAACCAAACAAAAAAAAAAUUUGUUUUGGAUUGAUUUAAGUACCUUAGCAACACUUGAUUUAGAGACUAAAAACUUGAUAAUUUUUCUAAGACACCAUAGUUUGUGAUUUCUAAAAUCUAUUUAAAUUCCAGGUUAAUUCUUUUUACCUUGUACUUGUCUGGAUUUUUAAAGUAAUUUUAGUUGCUGAAAGACAUAACAUGAGUUGAAACAUGUCAAUAAAAACUAACAUGACAAAGCU